CACACACACAGUCACUCUGUGGAAGAAGAAGAAGAAGAAGAAGAAUAUAAAACAAACCUUUUUUUCCUCAAUCAUUCAUGAUUCAUUGUUCUCAGAAUAUGCACCUUCGUUAUCCUCACACUCUUCUACGCAACCUUCCCUUAUUCUCCUCUUCAAAACUCACUACCAUGACCACCCAAUCCUUGUUCCUCUCCACUCCAUUCUCAAACCUCAAAAAGAGCCUCUCACCUCAAAGGAACUAUUUUUCCCCACGCAGAGCCUUCUUUACUGUGUUUUGUUCCAAACCCAUUUCAAAAAAUCGUCCAUCGCCGCUCAGAACCAAUGGCUAUUAUGGUACUUCUCAUGUCAGUGUCCCUAGGCCAGCUCAUUUGGAAAACCCUGAUGAGAAUAGGUUGGGGUUGCAAUUCAGUAUGUUGCAAAAGAAGUUGGAAGCUGUUGGAAUUGAAACAGGAUUAUGUGUACCUGGGCAACAUAACCGCUUGCUUUGUCCAGCGUGUCAAGGUGGUGAAACAGGAGAAAAGAGCUUUUCUCUUUACAUUGCACCAGACGGGGGGUCUGCAUCAUGGUUGUGCUUUCGCGGAAAGUGUGGGUAUAAAGGCAGCCAACAGGCCUUUGCUGGUAGUAGUUCAUAUUCUGCAACACUGAGUCAAGAAACCCACGUUAAAAUAAGAAGACAGAUUUCAGAGGAGGAAUUGCAGCUAGAACCACUUUGUAAUGAGCUGCUUGCGUAUUUUGCUGAGCGCUUGAUUUCAAAGGAGACUCUGCAGAGAAAUGCUGUGAAGCAGAGAAAAUAUGACGAUCAGAUUGUUAUUGCAUUCCCAUAUAAUCGUGAUGGAACCCUUGUUGGUUGCAAGUAUCGGGAUGUCCACAAGAACUUUUGGCAGGAAGCGAACACUGAAAAGAUCUUUUAUGGAUUGGAUGACAUAAAGGGGAAAAGUGAUAUUAUCAUUGUUGAAGGUGAAAUGGACAAGCUGGCAAUGGAAGAAGCUGGCUUCCGCAAUUGUGUCAGUGUUCCUGAUGGUGCACCUCCAUCAGUCUCCUCGAAGGAGUUGCCGGCUAAGGAGAAGGAUACAAAGUAUCAGUAUCUGUGGAACUGCAAAGAUCAACUACAUCAGGCAUCCCGGAUUAUACUUGCCACUGAUGGGGAUGCACCUGGCCAAGCUUUGGCUGAGGAGCUUGCUCGCCGCCUUGGGAAAGAAAAAUGCUGGCGGGUCAAGUGGCCUAGAAAAGGGGCGGUCGAUCAUUGCAAAGAUGCAAAUGAGGUUCUCAUGUAUUUGGGCCCUGAUGCACUGAAAGAAAUGAUUGAGAAUGCAGAAUUAUAUCCCAUACGUGGAUUGUUUAACUUCAGAGAUUACUUUGAUGAGAUUGAUGCAUAUUAUCAUCGAACUUUAGGAUAUGACAUUGGUGUCUCAACUGGGUGGAGUAAUCUGAAUGAGCUAUACAAUCUACAACUUGCAUCUUCUGGCCGCUAUCCGCCGCUGACCCUUUGUCGUGUCGUCUUUCCUUCAACUUUCUAUCGAUUGUCUCAGUUGAUGCCUGGUCUCGUUGGAUUGUCCCAAUUGCUGUCUAAUCCAUUGAGCUUUGGGCAUCCUAAGUUUUCUUAUGGUUUGAAGCUUCCAAAUGUUGUUCUUCAUGACCUUAGAAGAGAAGUUUUAGUUCUUGUUUUGUAUACUUGCUUGAAAAGACAAUUCUGCCGAUGGUUAUUAGCAAAGUCUCUUUUCCUUGGUCAAGCUAUAUUUUGA